AUGAGAAUGACAAGAGAUGGAAAAGAACUAGAAUACAAGAAAGGUUUAUGGACUGUGGAAGAAGACAAGAUCCUCAUGGAUUAUGUCCGAACUCACGGCCAAGGUCACUGGAACCGCAUCGCCAAGAAAACAGGGCUCAAGAGAUGUGGAAAGAGCUGCAGAUUGAGAUGGAUGAACUACUUAAGCCCUAGUGUAAACAGAGGCACUUUCACUGACCAAGAAGAAGAUCUCAUCAUCAGACUCCACAAGCUCCUUGGCAACAGAUGGUCGUUGAUAGCAAAAAGAGUGCCGGGAAGAACAGACAAUCAAGUAAAGAAUUAUUGGAACACACAUCUUAGCAAGAAACUCGGCCUCGGAGAUCAUUCAUCUGCGGCCAAACCGGCUUGCCACGUGGAGACUCCGCCGUCUUUGGUCCUCACAACCACAACUUCUCCCUCUCAUCAUCAAAACGAUAUCACUGGAGGAAAAGUUUCAACUUUAAGAUUUGACACUUUAGACGACGAUUCCAAACUCAAACCAAAACCCAAACCGGUCAAUUCCAUACAACCCGACGUCGAAGUUGCUGCUACGGUUCCAAAUCUGUUCGACACUUUCUGGAUUCUUGAAGACGACUUCGAGCUUAGUUCACUCACUAUGAUGAAUUUUGCUAACGGGUAUUGCCUUUGA